AUGAUUUCGAAAGUAGAAAUAAAGCUCGGCAUAGUUUUUGUGUUUGCUAUAUUUUAUUCAACGAUAGCCAGUGAUCCUGACAUCCUUGCUGAUUUUGUGGUCCCAAACAACACCAUCAUCGAUGCCAACAACUUCACGUUCACAGGGAUGCGUCAAUUGGUAGGUGGCGAAUAUCCAACAGCUUUUACGGCAUUGAAAGUGAGUAUGAACGAGCUUCCGACACUUAAUGGACAAAGCGUUUCGUAUGCAGUUCUCGAGUUUCCUGUAGGCGCGAUCAAUCCAGUCCACAUCCAUCCUCGGGCAUCUGAGCUUAUGUUUCUUGUUUCGGGAACUCUCCAAGUAGGGUUUGUGGAUACUAGUAAUAAUCUUUUUAAACAAAGCCUCAGAAUAGGUGAUAUUUUUGUUUUUCCCAAAGGACUUGUUCAUUUUCAAUAUAAUAAUGACACUACGGAACCAGCGUUGGCAAUUUCAGCUUUUGGAAGUGCCAAUGCUGGCACUCAGUUGAUUCCUACAAGUGUUUUUAACACUAGUAUCUUUGAGGGUAUUUUGGAUGCGUCUUUUCAUUCUACGAGAGCAACCGUACGAAAGAUUGAAGAUGGGCUCAAGGCGUAA